AUGUUAAGGUUUUCAUGCUAUACAACAAGCGUAACCUAUGGCCCUAUAAAUUUGUAUUUACCUACAUCUCAACUUCCUUCUAUCAUACCGUUUUCCAGUCGAACAUUUUCACAAACUUCUCAGAUAAGUAGAGCUCGCCUUUCGAUUAAAGAAACAGACCUUGCAAUUCCUGAAGAUCCAUAUAUUUUAGCAGAAUGGGUAAGAAAAUUUGGAGAAGCAAAUCGGUUAGAUGAUGCUAUAAGUGUAGUUUGGAAAGCAAAAAAAAGUGCACAGUCUGAAGUUGUGUGGAACCAUUUAAUUGUUGAAUGUGUUAAAAACAGAAAAUUUCAAAUGGCGUUUAGAAUGUUUAAUGGGAUGAAAAAACACGGAUUUGUCCCAAAUGAACAAAGUUUUACAAUUUUAUUAAAUGGCCUUGCAGAUCAUCGACCAUUCGUAGAUAACAUCUUGCAAGCACGUAAAAUGAUCGACAAUAUGCAAAAUUUAACAAAAGCCAAGCCAGUAGAAUUAAACGUAAUUCAUGUGAAUUGCCUUUUAAAACUUUGCUCUCGACUCAACAAUUUUGAAGCAAUGCAAGAAAAUUUCAAUGACAUGAUGAGAAUAGGUAAUUGGACUCCUAACAAAGAAACUUUUACCAUCAUUUUUAACGCUUGUGCAAGAAACGGUGAAAAAGGGUAUCUUAUGGCUAUCCAGUUGUGGAAUCAAUUAAAUUCUUUAGUUUCUAAACAAAAGGAACAACAGUCACAAAUCAGAGAGCACGAUGGAUAUGGUGCAGAUUUUGCACCCGGCUCUGGAUACGAGAUUGAAAUGGAUGAUGAACUUGUAAGAUCAAUGCUUUUAGUGUGCAGCAAAACUAAAAACUAUGACAAAGGAUUUGAAAUAUUGCAGAACGUUUAUGGAUUUUCGGUAUCAUCCGAAUUGUCAAGAAAAAAAACACCAUCGAUAUUAUCAAAUAGACAUUUGAUUUCGCCAAAAUCGGUUGAUAUAAUGUUAAAUCUUUGCAUAGGUGCACGUCAAUACGAAAAAGGCAUAAUGUUAUUUGAUGAAACACUAAGUCAAUUCCCAGAUAUAACACUUGAUAUUCAUAAUUUUAACAAAUUGAUAAUAUGUUAUAAUCAAUUAGGACAAUUUACAAAAUCCAUAGACACAUUCUACCCAAUUCGUGCCCGAAGUUUGGAACUAACACUAGAAACAUAUGAUUUGUUACUAACAGCAUGUCGUAUAACAGAGGAUUGGACAGCUGGGAAAGAGUUUUUCGAGUUAAUAAUAAAACAAAAAAAAGAGAUUAGUUUAGAUUCUCAUUUAUUAAAUAUGAUAUUAGAAUUAUCAAUGUUAAAUCGCAAAUCUGAAUCUGAGAGUUUAGAAAAAAUUUGUUGGACAUUAGAACAAAUUGAAUCUCUUGGGCCGCGCUGUCCUGAAAAAAUAAAAAAUCUUUCAAAAACAAACAAGGCAAAUAUCAAUAAAUUUGGGAACGCGCCCAUGCCAUUAUAUAAUAUAUAUGAUAUUAGAUAUUUAAAAAGGAUUAUUCUAGUUUACAAAACUGUUCUGGAUUCAGAAUAUGCUGAUAAAAUCAAUGAGAAUCAAAAAUUACAGUGGAAAGAAAAUUUAGAAUUUUACAAAACUGUUUUGGCUGAAAACGAAGAUCGGCAUCAAAAAAGUGAUGAAAGCAUUCCACCCGAACGACGAUAUGAUAUGAGAUCACCUUGGAGGUAUAUAGAUCGAUUUAAAGGUAAAAGUAUUGAUAGAAAAAAUUCGAGAAUAUAUGACGAUGACGUGAGAUAG